CUUCCAAUUGGAUACGAGGUUGUCAGUUUCUGGACGUGGGCGUAACUCGCAUGUGAACGUAAGCGCUAUCGUCAAGGCCACUUCAGAAAGGUUCUGUGUCAUAAAUGAACUGGCAGAAAAUCUUUGGCCAAAUCUGUUAUGCUGCUCAAAGAUCAGGUUUGAUCUCUGUUGAACUUCCAAAGUAUUCUAAUAUUAAUAACAGAGUUACUAGCAAGCCACACUGGUUAUUCAUCAACUGCAGAUCUCAAGGCACUACUGUGGGCAUGGCUGGCCUUCAACAACAAAACUUCCAAUAUUUUUUAGUCUUGGACUUUGAAGCUACAUGUGAUACAACUCCCAUUCAUCCUCAAGAAAUUAUUGAAUUCCCUAUCUUGAAAGUGAACUCAAACACUAUGGAGAUUGAGUCAACUUUUCAUACAUAUGUCCAGCCUGUCCAUCACCCUCAUCUAACACCUUUCUGCACACAGCUGACUGGAAUCAUUCAGUCCAUGGUAGAUGGACAGCCUACACUUCAGCAAGCCCUGCAGAAAGUGAAUAAUUGGAUGGCAGAUGAAGGACUCUUGAACCCUAAUGUGAGUUCAGCAUUUGUAACCUGUGGAGACUGGGAUCUAAAAACAAUGCUGCCAGGACAAUGCCAGCACUUAGGACUGUGUGUUCCUGAUUACUUCAAGCAGUGGAUUAAUCUCAAAAAGGCAUAUAGCAAGGCCACAGGGACCUGGCCAAAAAGUGGCCUGCCAGCCAUGGUUCAGGGACUGGGACUAAAACAUCUGGGAAGACUACAUAGUGGAAUAGAUGACUGCAGGAACAUCGUAAACAUCAUGAGGGAGAUGACCUGCCGGGGCUUCGUCUUUAAGCUCACGUCCCAGAAAGAAUGAGGCAGGUUCUGAAAGCUUGUGGCACCCAAUUCAUAUUUUCCUAAGGGUGCAAAAAAAAUAUGUCAAUGAUGUCUGGUCUGAUUUAUUUGUGUUUUUUUUUUUUUGAAAUGUAAAGUUGACACUUGAUUUUUAAAGGAGAGGGGAUAUUAAACAUUAUGCGUGCAUCAAUGUGAAAUUGAAAAUGUAGGGAGUUUUGAAUGGGUAAGGAGGACUAUACAGUAUAUUGAUCAUAUGCUAACCAAAUAUAAGAAAUGAUGUGGGAUAAGAUAAGCAUGUCUGUGAAACAUUUGUAAUCUUUCAUCAAAUGACACCUUCAGACACAAUUUUUCAUGGAUUAUACCUGAUGGAGUUACAGAUUGGUUGCUAUCUUGCAGUGCAUCCAUAACAAAUCUGACAGCAAGGGCAAUGUUCGAGUUGUCCUCACAAAGCCCAAAGCGACCCUCCGUGCUGCACCACCAGCCUCCAGCUGGGAAAUUAACUCCUUUCAUGCUGUCGUGACCCCAGAUAUCGAGCCGUGUCCUCCGUGGCACGCUGACCAGGCCACACGCCUGCUCUUUUCCUGGCUUUUACUCUCCACAACAAGUUUAAUCAGGGAACUGUAAGGCAGCCCUAAAGAUGCUAUAAAAAAAGAUUUCUUGGUAAACAUCUUUCAAAGAACAAUGCCAUGUAAACAGGAGAAAAACCACCCAUCUGUAAUUAAAGAUUAGAAAUUAAUGGGAUUCCUGUUGCCGUUUUCAUGAUCCAUACUCGGAAAAACCAAUUAAGUCAAUGGCUCUGUUUACAGAAUCCUUGUUCGAAAAACAUAAGAUUAAAAAUGUAUUAUUUAAAUCAGUCCUCUGGUAGAUGUAAACAUUCCCAUUUCUCGUCCCCAGUUGCCUGUCUUAAUAAAAUGUGCACAAGACCCCCGGUCUUCAUUUGAUUUGCUAUCCACAAAGGCGGUCCAGGGACCAAUGACUGCUUUCAAAGUGGCUUUUGCAUUUUUGUAUCUCCCUACUUGUGCAUGCAUUUUUCUCCAUAUUUAUCAGAACACUUUACAGAGGCCUAAUCAAUAGAUAUAUUAAUCAUUUAGGGGGGCACAAAUCUGACAAACCAAUUAUUAAUCUGCCCUGUCAAGUCCAAUACAGUAAUGAAUUUACUAAAAAUUGUCUUAACUUCAUCCAUUCAUUAACUGCUGAUGGGUGGCAGACUUCACCAUGUCAGUGGAUUUUCUCAGUUAUUGAUGCCGGUGCUGGCAGCUAAUUUAAAACCCGGCUCCUUUAGCCCCUCUCCUCUCCGCUCCGCUCCGCUGUGCUGUGCGCUAAUAAAAACGGAGCUUGAUAAUCAUUAAGGACCUGAUGCUAGGAAAACAAGCUCUGCUAUCUGUA